ACUUUCUGCAUAAAAAGUGGUUGUAUCUUCCUUAACUAAAAGAUUUCUUCUGAUUGUACCUUUCCGUUUCCCCCAUUAUUGUUCUCUCUCUCUUUUUUUUUAUAAUUCCCUACGUUCAUCACUUUUUUUCUCUUUUCUCCUUCUCUUCAAAUUAUCAUUGUUUUGUGUGGCGCAUAUAUAUUUGGUGCCACCCUGUACCAAUAUUUAUGUGUUCAAAUAAAAUAAAAUAAAAUAAACCCCACUGCUUGAAUGGAACAAUGGAGAGGGGUGGUUGUGUGCCCUCACUCUGCCCGAGGUGUUUGUAUAUAGGGCCUUUAAGAUGUUAAUAAACUUCUCAGGCAUACCCCUCUUCAACAAACAAUCCCAGAGAACAGUUCUGUCCAACGAAUCGAAGGCAGCCCUUAUGUCAAGAAACACUACGAUUGUUUGCCUUUGAUAAGUAUGACGGUGUUGUAAUAUUUGGCGGAGGGUGAAGAUAUGAUCAAUACAUCCUCGACCAGAACGAAACCCAGUCUGCUCCUCGUGAGUCAAUCCUUCUCGGGUUUUGAACAACCUACGAAGUAUAACGGAAGCCAAUAGCUUGGACGCAAUCCUGCUGCUUUGCCACGUUUGAUUUGUCUGUUGGCCAUGCUGAUUUCUUCAGUUGUUGGUGGGCCAACAUCGAUUGGGAAGUCCGUGAGUGCUGCUUCAAUGUUGGUUGGGUUUAAUGGGGCUGGUCUAUUCAAGAGUUCUUUGAAGUGUUCUACCCACCUGCUUCGUUGUUCUUCAAUGUUGGUGAUUACCUUGCCUUCCUUGCUUUUCACUGGUCGUUCUGGUUUACAGUGAUUUCCAGAGAGUUUCUUUGUUGUGUCAUACAGUUGUCUCAUGUUUUCUUCUCUUGCAGCCUUUUCCGCGUCACUGCUAAAUCUUCUACAUAUUUACGUUUGUCAGUUCUGAUGCUCCUCUUCACUCCGCCUGGGCUACUGCCAGUCCCAAGCCCGGAUAAAGGAGGAGGGUCGGGCCAUGGUGUUAGUGACCCCAUCCCGUAGAAAACUAACUCGCUAAAAAAACGCCAACCAGAAAAAACUUCUUCCUGUACUAUAUCCUUAUAUGCAAUCUUUCCUUUAUAUAUUACACCAGUGAGUUGAUUGCUUCUAUGAAUUUGUUCAUCUUGCUGUACUAAUGAGGUGUGGCAACUUGGACCGAUGCACUUAUGUGCCUGGUCCUCGUUGUAACUGACUGACUGACUUACUAGUUAUGCAACAAAAAUAUAAAUAAUGAUAAUAAUUCGUAGAUGGGUCUCAAGAGUUACAUUUUCUUCUAUGUUCAAUUCUCCGCAAGGCUAUUGUCUAAACUGAUUAUUUUUAAGUAGCUCCUUUUCAGUGAGUCACUAUGUACCGCCAUGAUACUGGGUUUGUGUUCAUCAACAGGAAUGGAUUUCUUGCGCGUUUUUUUUCGGAUGGAAAUUUGUUAUUUUAAAUGUUAUCCACCGAAAAAUACAUCUCAUCUAAUUGCGAGUUUUUAGCCGAAUCACUUACUGAUAUGUCGAAAUAUGAGAAGAUACUAGUCAUGAUUGGGUUCUGUGAUAAGUUAUCACUUCCAAAUACAAGUUUGGUGUGGUACGCCCCUCUUAAUAUUAUUUGCAAAUGGAACGAACUGAGUCAGGUAUCCCAUUAUGUUUUCAUUUCUUUGUUCUGUAGCCUUUGGCUUUAGUUAUCUCCUUCUGAGACGGAAUCAAUUCCGUUCAAGAAUGUUCGUUACAAUUUCGAAUUGUUUAUUUAUUUAUUUAUUUUAACACAUAGGUAUUGGUACAAGAAGGCACCAAAUACAUAUGCGCCACACGAAUCUCAAUUGAUUUGUGUGAGGGCUGUGAUACUGCCCGGGUGCCCAAACCGAAGCAGGAUUUCGAGUUGUAUUCUGAACUGUUUAUUAUGUUAACGUCUUUCAAACACUGUAUGUAAAAUUUCAUUGCAGGACAAGGAAUACUGUAAAAACAAUACACUGUGUACCAGUAAUUAACAUGUAUUUGACUUUUGGUAAGGCUUUCAUGGUAAUACAAGAUGUAUUCGAACUUGUUCAGCGGUUUUGUACAUUUGUUUAGUUGGUAGGCAGUUGUUAAUUUGACUUUUCAUAUGACGUUUUCCAGUAUUGUUAAUGUUUAGUAAGUUAUCGAAUUUCUCAUGCGAAUAGUAUAAUUUACUCCUUCCAUAAUGGUAAGAGUCAUGCUACUUACUCUCAUGAGUCGUUUUCCAUUCUAUUAUUAUUUAUCAACCUUCAUACAUUGCUCCGCUUUUCAAUAUAUAUGUUUCAGAUAGCAUAUACUCACCCAAAGAUAUCAGAUAUAAUAUUCGAAUUGGAUCAGGUUGUUCUCAAUCUGUUACACAGAAGUGAACUAGUUUGGAAAUUUUUCGGAUGCCACCUGUCUGCCUAUACAUUUGGUCUACAUUGUAGGUUGAUAACGACUAUGAGCAUAUUGUAUCAACCAUCCAGCCGGACAAAAUCAGUUUACUCAGGAGUUUUCGAUUCACUUCAACAGUCAAUACGUUUUCGAGCUUAUUCUAAUCUUAUGAUUCAAUGCUACAAUAAUUUAAGACUAAAUCGUACUUUUAAAGCUUUAUCGAAGUAUCGUGCAUAUUUGGUUCGAACUACCAUGGUUUAUUUGAAAGAUAAUCAAUAUACAGUGUCUCUGAGUUAUUCUCAAAGUCAUCAUCCUUGGUUGUACUCUUUACCGUAUUUUUCAAACGAAUGCCUCCAACUGUAUAUCCCUUUGAAAGGGUAUUAUCUCAAGGAAUUGAUUGAUUUCCAUCCUACAUCGCGUACUUUUGAUUCUGGUUUAUUCAGUGUAGUCAAACAGUCUCUAAUAUUUCCUUCCUCAACUAAAAACAUUGUUGUUAAUAAUAAAAAUUAUAAGCAUAAACGGAGUGAGAAGAAUCAAAGGAAUUUUAAAAGUAAAGAAAUUUCUGACAGUUCUUCGAUUGCUUAUACUCCAACCUGGUGUCAAGAGGACUACGAUGACCAGGUUAUUAUACAUGGCUUGAUUGGUGAAGGUUUAAUUCUAUUGGAUGAACUAAAUGAAAAUCCGAAUGAGGAAGUAUUAAGCAGCCUGUACUAUCUUCUUCGUGCUUUGCGUGUUGUCUUCGAAACAAAAGAAGUUAGUUUUUUCACUUCGCAUUCCAGUGUGAUACGUGAUUAUUCCGGUUGGAGAUUGGAUGUAAAUGAAAUUUCACCAGAUUUAUCCACAUCAUUGGAGCGUUUUUUGGCCAAAUUUUAUUCAAUCUACCCGUUACAAUUAUCUUCUGAUUCUUCAUUACUUAUGUACUUAAAGUGUAAUAAACAAAAGUCACAGAAAAGUAAAAAUAAUCAUAUUGGAAAUUAUGCAUUUCUUUUAAACUCAUCCAAUGGACACAAAUCAGUUAAUUUAAAUAGAAAACAAUUUAAGCAAGAACGUAAACGUAGAAAUAAACAAUUGAAACGUCAGUUGAAAAGUGCUAUUAUUUCUGGUGUUACUGGUGAUAAUAACAGUAAUAAUAAUAAUAUUGACAACGUUGAUGACUAUGGUGAUUCAACUGUUGUCGACUAUGAUCACUCAACUUCAACAACUAAUACCAAUGACUAUUCUACAAAUAAUACGUUCAAUUCUAUCAGAGGAAUUAAUAAUCCCUCUACAAAGGGUAAUCUGAAUAAUCAAAUAUUGUUUUGGAUUCAACUAAUCAAUCAAUCAGCUUUUGAACUAUUCACAUACAUUGAAUAUUAUUCAUUUAGAUGUUCAACAGCAAAUCAUCUUUCUCCAUUUUUAUGGCCACCACCAGAGAAUACUCAAGAGCGUUUAAUCAAAUUGUGGUUUAAUCAGUUAUCAUGUUUUGAUCUAUCUAACGCGACAACAGAGUUUUACCAUGAAACCAGCUGUUGGUUACGUUCAUUUGAUUUGUAUUUGCUGUCACCUUACCGUUUUAAAUGGAAUGUAGAUAUAUCAACGCGAUUGUUUGUUUCACCAGUGAUAAUUUUCUUGGGGCAACUUUUCCAUCUAUUCGCUAUUAAUAAUUCUAUUGAUGGUGAUAAAUCCCUUAGUAAAAGAGAACGUUAUUUAACUGGUCGUUGUGCUGGUCUAUUAACCACUGUCUUAACAAGAGAACUACUUCGUCUUACUGAAAAGAAACCUGGAUCAGAGAAAAAUCUAAAUGAUGGUGAUGAUGUGUCGGUUAGUAUGGAUGUUGAAUUCAGUUCUCAUGGAGUGGAAUACAAUGAAAUGUGGUUGUGGAACAAAUUACAUAAUAAUCUGUCAGAUGAAAUAAUUAAAUCUCUACAUGGAUCAAUAUUUCCCACUUUCAUAAAUUAUUUAGUUCAAUUUUCAUUGAAUCAAUCUCCACGUAUUUGUUAUGCUUCCCCAUUAACUGAAGAAACAUUAAAUAUUAUACGAAAUCAAUAUCCUGGUUGUAAUAUUUCCAUUGGUAAUCUUAAACAAAUACAAAUUGUAGAUAGUACUUGGACAGCUUGUCUUCUUCAACUCUAUCAUGUCAAAUAUUCACUUGCUGUAAAAUACGUUCGUGAGAAUAAAGAGUUAUAUACAAAAUUACAUCUCACUGAAACAUACUUGGAUAAUUUAACUCCGUUGAGUGUUUUAAAUGAAAAACUAAACGUUCAAUAUGAUACUCAACUUUUGAAAAAUCAAACUGCUUGGCUUGUUCCUGGAUUUCUACCAAGAAUCACAGAUGGUCGGUAUACAUGCCCAGUAUUUUGGCGUCCAUUAAAAGAUAAUCGAAACAAAAUAUUGCCUUUAUUGUAAUGUACAUAAACUAUCUUUGAUGAUCUUUUUUUAUAUUCAUUCUUGUAUAUAUAAGGUCAUCCAUUAUCG